AUGGAACAGUUCAUUGCUCAGGCUUCGAAGGUGGGUUCGGUUUGGAUUUGGUAUUGGUGGUACUGUUUUGUAGAACCAGUACUAUUUUUGGUACUAUAAUUGGCGCUAGAUGUAAAAAUAGUACGUUAUCUAGUACUACAUUUGGGACUAGAUAUAAAAAUAGUAUCUUAUUUUGUACUACAUUUUGUACUAAUUUUUAAAAACAGUACCGUAUUUAGUACUAUAUUCGGAACUAGAUUGUAAAGACAGUACUAUUUUUGAUACUAAGUUCAGUACGAGAUAUGAAAAAUAGCACUAUAUCUAGUACUAUUAUAGCUGUUAUACAAAAUUUUAAAAGAGUACCAAACGUAGUACUAUACUUCGGAAUAUAGUAAUGAUUUUGGUACUAAAAUUACCAAAAAAUUACAAUUUUAGUACUAUUUUUCGGUACUGGGUUGUAAAAAAUAGUACUAUUUAGAGUGUCUAAUUUAGCAGUUGUUGAAGAACUAGUAUUAAUUUUUAGUACCAAAACUAAUGCACAGUUGUAUAAGUAGUACCAAAGUUUUUAGAAGACGUUAAUAACCGUAUUUUAAAAAAAUUUUUAUUUUUUAGCUAAAAGUUGGAAACCCAAAAGAUUGUGUCAUUGAUUUGGGAGCACUGGUCAGUAAACCACAUUAUGAUAAAGUGGCAUCUUACAUUUCAUUGGUUGAACAAGACGGAUUGGCUGUACAUUGUGGAGGGCCGGUGAGGCUGCAAGGCCCUUUAAGUACUGUAAGUUAGCUUUAAUUUUUCUUUAAAUUGUAACUCAUUCUACCCUAGGCCCUACCGUACCCUAGGCUUUACCGUACUCUAGGCCUUACCGUACUCUAGGCCCUACCGUACCCUAUGCCCUACCGUACCCUAGACCCUACCGUACCCUAGGCCCUACCGUGUUUUAGGCCCUACCGUACCCUAAGGCCUAACCUACCCUAGGCCCUACCGUACCCUAGGCCCUACCGUACUCUAGGCCCUACCGUACCCUAGGCCCUACCGUACCCUAGGCCCUACCGUACCCUAGGCCCUACCGUACCCUAGGCCCUACCGUACCCUAGGCCCUACCGAACCCUAGGCCCUACCGUACCCUAAGGCCUAACCUACCCUAGGCCCUACCGUACCCUAGGCCCUACCGUACCCUAGGCCCUACCGUACCCUAGGCCCUACCGAACCCUAGGCCCUACCGUACCCUAGGCCCUACCGUACCCUAGGCCCUACCGUACCCUAGGCCCUACCGUACCCUAGGGCCCUACCGUACCCUAGGCCCUACCGUACCCUAGGCCCUACCGUACCCUAGGCCCUACCGUACCCUAGGCCCUACCGUACCCUAAGCCCUACCGUACCCUAAGCCCUACCGUAUCCUAGUCCUUACCGUAUUUUAGGCCCUACCGUACCCUAGGCCCUACCGUACCCUAGGCCCUACCGUACCCUAGGCUCUACCGUACCCUAUGCGACCCUGCUUUACUCUACCCUACCUAACUUUAACCUACCCCCUCCCACAUUAUCCUAAGCUUAUUGUAACUUAUACCCCAUCGUUCAUAAGAUCUCUAGUACAGUGAAACUUUUUCCAGGGCUACUACAUAGCGCCUACGGUAAUCUCCGGUGCCUCGGACGAGUCUCGUUUAAUGAAGGAAGAAAUUUUCGGACCGGUCGUAUGUGUGUCAGCCUUUGACACCGCCGAUGAAGUUGUAAAGCGAGUGAAUUCAAGUGAAUACGGUCUUUCCGCUACUGUAUGGAGUCAGUCCGUUGAUAACUUGACUACCGUAGCUAACUGA